UUCUUGAAAGAAUUAUUUAUUUCCCUUUCUUACAUCCAUCUCUUCCUCCAUUGGAUUACAGAAGAUUCUCAGAAACCCUGCUGGCCUGCCAGCUCUUCUCUCUAGGAAACCUAUGAGUAAAUUUCAAGCCAAAAACAGGACCACAUGAAGCCUUUCUGCUUCAUAAGUCACUGGCUACUAUACCAUUUAUUACCCAGAAUUGAGUUCUUCCAAGUUGUCUACAGAUGAGUCUUCCAAGUUAUGAUCUUUUCAGGCAUUAUAAUAUUAAAUUGCCUGAAAUCAUUGUACUUUACUCAAUGGUUCUAUAUUUUGUACUCGUAGUGGUAGUAGUAUAAUGCUUAGUAGCACAAAGGGUUGAACUUUGGAAUCUUCUGGUAGUUGGAGUGGGCACUCUGGGCAGUGGUUUGUGUCAGAACAGAUGGGUUGUUUAUAAAACAACAGAAUUCAGAGAGGUUGACCUAAAAUUUCUGUCUUUUUUGGGGAAAUUAUUAUUGUUGUCAAAAAAAGAUUAUCUCUUUUGGUGGUUUUAGGACUGAGAUUUUGGGUUAGUUUCACCUUGUUUUUUUUUUUCUUCUUUUCCUGUGGAGUUGUUUUGUUGAUAGAUUAAGUCGCUUGUUUGGUCAAAUUUGGAGUUUUUUCUGAGGUGGGUUUUCGGUAAUUUUUAGGUUUUUUUUAAUAAGAAAGAAGAUGCAUUUGAUUCUAUGCUGAAGGAUCUGAUUUGGAGUUUUGGGAAUUUCUGAAUCUGGGCUGAAGUUAGAAGUCAAAAGGGGAGUUGGUGUUGAAACUAACUCAAUUGGAAGUGCAUUGGACUAAGUUAAGUUGCAUUUUGAUGUUAGGAGAGGGGUUUAGUAGAGGUUAGUUGUGGCUCUUGAAUCAGGUCUACUUCUGCUGGAAAUUCAGUUGCUUAGUUUUUUUCUGGCUAGUUUUGUUCAAACAUGGCUUGUAUGAAACUGGGAUCCAAAAGUGAUGCUUUUCAGAGGCAAGGCCAGGCAUGGUUCUGCACAACUGGUCUUCCAAGUGAUCUCAUCGUUGAAGUUGGGGAGAUGUCAUUCCAUCUACACAAGUUUCCAUUGCUUUCAAGAAGUGGGGUUAUGGAAAGACUGAUUGCAGAAGCAUCUGAUGAAGGAGAAGAAGGUUAUUUAAUUAAGCUGCCAGACAUUCCUGGUGGGGCUAAAACCUUUGAGCUGGUUGCCAAAUUUUGCUAUGGAGUGAAACUUGAAUUGACUGCAUCCAAUGUUGUAUACCUUCGAUGUGCCGCUGACCAUCUUGAAAUGACAGAAGAGUAUGGAGAGGGCAAUCUUAUUUCACAGGCUGAAAUAUUUCUCAAUCAAGUAGUUCUAAAAAGCUGGAAAGACUCUUUGAAAGCACUCCAGACAUGUGAUGAUGUUCUCCCCUAUGCAGAAGAACUCCAUAUCACAAAAAGGUGCAUUGAAUCACUGGCUGCCAAGGCAUCAACUGACCCGAACCUAUUUGGUUGGCCGGUCAUGGAGCAUGGUGGGCCUAUGCAAAGUCCUGGUGGAAGUGUCUUGUGGAAUGGAAUAAGCACUGGUGCAAGGCCAAAACACUCAAGUUCAGAUUGGUGGUAUGAGGAUGCAUCAGCUCUUAGUUUACCUCUUUACAAAAGAUUGAUUUCUGUCAUGGAAUCUCGAGGCAUCAAACAAGAUAUUCUUUCUGCCUCCCUUAGUUUCUAUGCCAAAAAAUAUCUACCGGGGAUAAACCGCCGUCAGAGUGCUGGUGAGUCUAGUAGCCGUCUUACGGGAUUGGGGGCAACUCUUACUGAAGAGGACCAGAAGCUUUUACUCGAAGAGGUUGAUCGCUUACUUCCUAUGCAAAAAGGCCUAGUCUCCACUAAAUUCCUCUUUGGGCUACUUCGAACAGCCAAGAUUCUUCAUGCAAGUCUGUCUUGCAUAUCAACCUUGGAAAAGAGAAUAGGGAUGCAGCUUGAUCAGGCCACUCUUGAAGAUCUAUUGAUGCCUAGCUUUACUCAUUCUAUGGAGACUUUGUAUGAUGUUGAUUGUGUGCAGCGGAUCCUCGAGCAUUUCUUGGCAAUGGAUCAGGUAACCGGAGGUGCAUCACCUUGUUCAGUGGAUGAUGGCCAACUGAUGGGGUCACCUUCUCUGACACCAAUCACUAUGGUAGCGAAGCUAAUUGAUGGGUACCUUGCAGAAGUCGCCCCAGAUGUUAACUUGAAACUACCCAAGUUUCAAUCUCUUGCAGCUUCUGUUCCUGAGUAUGCUAGGCCGCUGGAUGAUGGCCUUUAUCGUGCAAUUGACAUUUACCUAAAGUCCCACCCAUGGUUGGCGGAGGCUGACAGAGAACAACUCUGUAGGCUGAUGGACUGCCAGAAGCUCUCCUUGGAAGCUUGCACACAUGCUGCACAGAAUGAGAGACUCCCUUUAAGAAUUAUAGUUCAGGUUCUUUUCUUUGAGCAGCUCCAACUAAGGACCUCCAUUGCUGGCUGCUUCCUGGUCUCAGACAACCUCGAUGGUGGUUCGAGACAACUAAGAAGUGGUUUGGUGGGACCAAAUGAAGGAGGCUGGGCAACAGCGGUGAGGGAAAACCAGGUGUUAAAAGUAGGAAUGGAUAACAUGAGAAUGCGGGUUUCUGAGCUUGAGAAAGAAUGCUCAAACAUGAGGCAGGAAAUCGAGAAAUUAGGACGAGGAAAGGGAUCUAGCACAUGGGGUAGUGUGUCUAAGAAAUUUGGAUUCAGAUUGAAGUCUCAAAUGUGUAGUGCUCAGGAGGGAUCCAUCAGUAACCAGAACAGCAGCACUGGGAAGGCUGAGAAGGUCAAAGACAAGAACGGAAAGCAGAAGAAAAAUUUGUCUCUGGAUGAUUAGCAUUUUUUUCUUUUGGUUCUUUCACUUUUAGUUUGCUUUCCAGGUUCUUUCUUUUACCUCAGGAUCAAAAUUCCGCCUCAUAUUCUGUGUCUAAUUUGGUUAGGUUGUUCAUUGAUUUAUCCUGACCCUCACCUUUUGUAAAAGAAACUUUCUUAUAAAGUGUAAUUUUCUGUAUCUUGUGACAAUUACUGCAUUCUCUACACCCCAAGCCCGCCUGCUGACUGGGCAAAUGUUAAAAUACUGUCA